AUGAAGAGGAAAAUUGGUGCCCUGAAGACUCCAAAAGGCAGUGGUGCUGGUGGAAGCACUGGCAACGAUUCUGAUACUGAAGAAUCAUCGUCUCCUUCUGGGCCGAUCGCCGUGGAGGAAUCAUCUUAUACCAGUGCAAAAUCCACCAAGAAUGACAAAAGCAAGCAGAGUAAGCAUAACAGGAGUACUAUACCGGAGGAAUCUGAUAUGAAAGAAACCAUCAAAUGCUGGACUUUACAACUGGAAACGGAACGUGAGAGGACAAAGAGGCAAGAAUUGAAGUUAACUUAUAUACAAGAAUGCAUAAAUCUGGUGAAGACUGCAGCAGAAUCCAACAUACCUCCUCAUCUGAUUCCAAAUCUAUUUACAAAUGAGGGCUCCAAGGAUGUUGAGAAGAUGAAACAAAGUCAUAAGGGCUCAACGUCUGUGUUUAAGGUGAACCUACCUCAACAUACAGAAUUUCAGUUCCACCAUUGGCACCAUCCAGAUGAGAAGAGUAAGAUGCAAUCAUCAUCCAGUAUCCGCAAUGCGGAGUCUGUGUCUAAGCCGCAAACACCAAAGAGGUCAGUUGGACAGAUGAGCCCACCACAUAGAAGAAACCAAUCUGAAGCAUCUUUGGGUCAAUUUCGGGGUGCAUAUGAAACAGUACCUCAACAGAUACCUGAGAUACAGACUCAGAGAACCUGGAGUCGUCAACCGCAACCUCAGCUAACCUCACCUUACCAAGGGCAAUUACAGCAGCAACGACAACAACAACAACAGUUCAUGAGCACGGCGAGUCCCAUAACGCCGCGUAUUCAUAGAGGCCCAGAUGUUGCUACGAUGGGAUAUCAAUUUCCACCUCCUCAUCAGCAACAAUCUCCUUUACAUCAGGGUGAAAGGCUUCCUGGUGUAAAACAUAUACAACAUCGACAACAGCAACAACCACAGCAACAACCACAGCAACAAUGGAAACAGGAUAAAUCUGCAGGACAUAGAAAUGACGUGAACUUCUUAAUUAGUACACCAAAAGAUCCGCCAAAGUAA